AAUACACCUGAUCAUUACUAUCAUGCUAGCAUCAGAUUACCAGAUACCAUCACUCAAGGAAUAUCACCACUGGAUCAGAUCUUACAUAUCGUAAAAUUGAAAUCAACGAUGUUUACAACUGACUUGCUGGGUUGAGUUACCUCAAUUGAGAUUUUUUUAAAACGUGCGCGUAAGAACGACUUUGCAAAUGAAGAAACACUAACUGACUAGUUUCAGUUAAGUUUAUGGAUCUUGGUGUCUUUGAACUUUGCCUAAGCGAAACGAUGGCUAACAGACAAGGUGCAGUUGCCAGACAGGGUGCAGUGGCCAGACAGGGUGCAUUCUUCAUGAUUUUACAUGUGAUGCUCUUGAAUGCACAAAUAGUGAAUUGUGAACAUGCGGCAUCUGACGGAAAGAACAAUAGAAUACUAGCUUAUUUAAAGACAUUGCUUAAAUGCCGUCAUAUACCAGGACUAAGCGUUGCUAUAGUAACGGAUACAAAUGUGACCAUGGCAACGGGUAUUGGUAAAAUAGAUAUAGAAGAAAACACAAAUGCGACAUCGUCUUCGAAGUUCUGCAUUGCAUCCAUCACAAAAACCUUUACAAGUGUUCUUCUGGCUAAUCAAAUAAUGAAAGAUAGCCAGAGAUAUGGGAGCAGCACCGAAAGACUAACCUGGGACAGUCCCAUCUACAGACACUUGGGACCGUGGUUCUCGUUAUCCGACAAACACAGGGAGAAGACAUUAACUUUACGUGAUCUACUCGCCCAUCGUACUGGAAUGUCUCGCUAUGAUCUCACAUGGAUGCUAAGAGUCUUCCGACGGAAAGAGUUAAUGAGAAAGUUGAAACAUUUUAAAUUCGCUGGAGAGUUCCGCCAGGGGUUCACAUAUAACAACUUGAUGUAUGCUCUAGCUGGUGCCGUAGCAGAGGCACGUGCGAACAGCACAUGGGAAACACUCAUACGGACACAUCUUUUGCAACCAUUGGGAAUGAACGAAACUACCUUCAUUGAUGUUGAGGCUCCACGGUGGAAGAAUAUUGCCAAACCAUAUACUUAUAAAAACGGCACGUAUUUGCCUUUACCACGCGAAGCACAUGGGUCAUUUGGUGUUGUUGGCGCCGCUGGUUCGAUCUGUUCUUCUGCUAAAGACGUUGCAAAAUGGAUGCAAUUGCACCUAAAUGACGGUGAAACCCAGGAUGGCAAUCGAAUUCUAAAAGCGGACGAUUUAGAGACAAUAUUUGAGAGUGCGAGUGUUGUACCACAGAAUUUGAAAUGGGAGAGAUUGUUCCAUCGACCUGUUGUUCCAGUCACCGAGUCCAGGACUACAUAUGGCCUAGGGUGGUACAAUGGCCACUAUAGAGGAUUACGUACGCAUGUUGCACAUGGAACAGCUGGCGGGUACGAGUCCCAGAUAACGUUGUUCCCAGACAGGAAGCUUGGAAUAUAUACAGCGAUGAAUGGGUUAAUGGGUCCAUCUGCAUAUAUAGCACUGAGAAUGAUGCAUCAAUAUAUUGCUGACGUCAUGAUGGGACAGAAACCCUGGUUGAACCGCACAACCGGAUGUACAUUCCCGGAACCUUGGUCGGAAAAUAUUUACGAGAAAGAAUCGACCCAAUUUAUUAACACUUCAUUGCCAGCCCAUCGACCUUUUGUUGAUUAUACAGGCGUCUAUAUAAAUGACGGCCAUGGGACUAUUCAUAUUUCUGCUAACACCAGCUACAAUUAUUUAUAUUUCAAAAUAGGAGAACUUGGUAAUUUUAUACUUUAUCCAAUGGAAGAAAGAGACCGGUUUCACAUGAAAGCCACAUAUCCUUACUCUUUCUAUUUAUUCUAUCCCCUGAUGUUUAACAAUGAUACUAGAGGGUAUAUAAACAGUAUUUCAGUGCCAUCUUUUGACGUUGAAAAUCCUCCUAUCUUCUUUAAACAACACCAAGCAUCAGACAGUAUUAGUUUAGCAACUAGUUAUGCAUUCACUUUAACAUUUUCCGUGAGCAUAUACUUAUGUUGGAUUUAGAACAAGAAUCAGGUCAACUGAGAAUAGUACCAUAUCGUGUUAUCAGGGGCAGUGACUGGCUGGGCCAGAAAUGUGAUUCACCUUUACAUAUAAACGGAGGCUUAGUCGAAGGCACAAAACGACGAAUGGAAUUGUUAAUUAAUUAUCAGCCUCGUAAAAACAAGUCUGUAUACCAGGGUUCAGAGACAGACACACACAUGUAGGGCUGUUCAAGGAAUAAUCAUUCAUUAAACCUAUUGGUGAUUUUCUUUGAAAUGAAUGAACAAAAUGCCCUUUGUUUAUAACUGACCCAUUUAUACCAACAAAUUCGUUGUUCUCAUUGUGAAUGUUUCCUUCGACAAGACAUUUUUUCUGAAAAUAAGGUAGAAUGUGAGGUAGAAUUUCCUUAGACACAUAAUCUCAAUUCUACUUAAUAGGCUGUGGGACUAGAUGCUUACAACUAAAUCAAAAAUUAAAAUAUAUAUAUUUACGAAAUGAUAUACAAUAUAGGGCACAUAACAUCAAUGGUCAAUAUGUCUGAGAAACAAAUGUUCUAAGCAAACACGAACAUAAUGGACGAAAAUAGGGGUGUUUUGACACAAUAAGAACUACUGAAGCAUACCUUUUAUGUAUAAUACACUUUUGUAAAACG